AUGAGAUUCCUCACUCUCGGCGCGCUUUUGGUCGGCGCAGUGAGUGGUAUCGUCACAGACCAUCUCAUCCCCGGCGCCCAGAUCAUCCCAGCCAAAGACACCGCAGCACUGCGAAGCAUUGGAGUCCACCGCCAAAAGUACCCGAACCGCCGGACAGUCACCAUUCGCGCAUCAAAGAGUGACACAGACGAUGUCUCCACUGAUUUCCUCUGGGGCAUCAAGCAGGCCAAUCACGGCGGUCGACUGUUGCUGCAAAAGGGCAAAACCUACGUGAUUGGCAAGAAGUUGGAUCUGAGUUUCUUGGAUAAUAUUGAAGUGCAGCUGGAAGGUGAAAUCAAGUUCACCAAUAACAUCACCUACUGGCAAGCCAACAAUUUCUACUACGACUUCCAAAAGUCCAUCACCUUCUGGGUGUGGGGCGGCCAGGACAUCAAGAUCUUUGGCCAUGGCACGCUCAAUGGCAAUGGCCAGGAAUGGUAUAAUGCGUUUGCCGGCCAAGAGAUUUUGAACCCAGACAACACCUUCUACCGACCCAUCCUGUUCCUGACUGACAAUGCCACGCGAGUCAGCAUCGAGGGCAUCACGCAGCUGAAUUCACCGUGCUGGACCAACUUCUUCGUGCGCACCAACGAUAUUUCCUUUGACAAUGUGUACAUCAAUGCCUACUCCACCAAUGCGUCGGCCCUGCCUAAAAACACCGACGGAUUCGAUUCCUACAACGUGAACGGACUCAGCGUCACGAACACGCGUGUGGAUGUUGGCGAUGACUGCUUCUCGCCCAAGCCCAACACGACCAACAUCUUUGUGCAGAACCUAUGGUGCAACAACACGCAUGGCGUGAGCAUGGGGAGUAUCGGGCAGUACGCGGGCGUCAAAGACAUCAUUGAGAAUGCGCAUAUCGAGAAUGUGACUCUGCUGAACGGCCAGAAUGGCGCUCGUCUCAAGGCGUGGGCCGGCCAGGGCGUGGGCUAUGGGCGCAUCAACAACAUCACCUACCGCAACAUCCACAUCGAGAACACGGACAACCCAGUAGUACUGGACCAAUGCUACUUCGAUGUGAACGCGACCGAGUGCGCGGCGUAUCCGUCGGCAGUCAACGUCACCAACAUCGUGUUCGACAACAUCCACGGUACCUCCUCGGGGGCAGAGGGCAAAGUGGUGGCUGAUCUGACGUGCUCGCCCAACGCAGUCUGCUCUGACAUCCACCUGUCACGCAUCAAUCUGACAAGUCCAGCGGGCAGCCCGGCGGAAAUUAUCUGCGAUGGAAUUCAGGGGGACAUCGGGGUGAGCUGCCAGUCGAGUUCGAGCUAG